CUCAGGAUUAUCCGGGUCUUUGUGCGCACUCUGAAAUAUUUUUUUGGGGUGCGUUUCGAGGUGAAAGGAUUGGAAAACUUUCAGGUUGACGGCCCAUGUGUCAUUAUCUCCAACCACCAAAGUGUUCUGGAUAUGAUGGGUUUGAUGGAGAUUUUACCAGAUCGAUGUGUGCAGAUCGCCAAGAGAGAAUUGAUCUUUGCUGGCUCUGUGGGACUUGUCACCUAUCUUGGAGGUGUCAUCUACAUCAAUCGGAAACGAACAAGCGAUGCCAAGUCCAUUAUGGCAGCAGUGGCACAUGCUAUGACAGUUGACAAUUUGAAGGUCUGGAUUUAUCCUGAGGGGACUCGGAACAACAGUGGCGACUUACUUCCUUUCAAGAAAGGAGCAUUCCAUCUGGCACUGCAGGCGCAGGUAAUAAUCCAGCUUAAAGCCGCUGAUGGUAAUUUUGUCAUUUUCAUGUUUAGUUUGUGGAAUUCAGAGAACUGGCUCUUGGGGACAAUUUGCAUAUUAAAAUGCCCAGCACAAAAACACAGAUGUUCCUUCAUCAAUUGUGCCUGUUUCAUAUCCUUCCAGAAAGACGAGGAAUGCCUGAAGAGCUUAGACUGCUGUUGA